AUGGUUUUAACUCCACAAAGAUUAGUCCAACUAUCCAAAUAUCCAUUAUUGAAAAAUUCAUGGUAUUUUAUCGCUGCUGCUACAUUUUCAGUGUGUAAUCAACCUAAUGAAGUUGCUAGAUUGGUCCAUUAUGCUUUAAAACAAUCACAAUAUGAAUCAUCAAACAAGUCAAUUAUUGAUCCUACAAGAGAAUCAAUUUUGAAAAGUUUAGCAUUAGGUGGUAUUCCAAAAGCAAUAAACACAAUGAUGUACCUUAAAAAUGCAACCCCAGUUUCAUUACAAGAUAGUAAACCAAAUAGAGAUUUUGAUUCUUCCAAAACUGAUCAAGUAAGAGAACGUGGUAUAGAAUUUUGGCAUCAUGUUUAUGGGAAAGUUAGUAACAGAAUUAUAAAUCAAAUGAAUACUGCAUAUCCGGAUCUUUGGGAGUAUGCUAAGAAUCACAUAUAUUCACCAUUAUUAUCAUAUAGUGAUAUCUUAACUCCAAAGGAAACAAGUCUUGUUAUUAUUGGUUGUUUAGUUCCACAAGAUGUUAAUCCUCAAUUGAAAGGUCAUUUGAAAGGUGCAUUAAAUAAUGGAGCUACCCCUGAGGAGGUGGAACAAGCUAGGCAAUUGGCUUUGAGUAUUAGUGAAUGGUGUGAUAUUAAAUGGAAAGAAGAUGUUGCUAAAUUGAAGUUAUAA